CGAUGUCCAUUUAUUCUUUCAUUCCUCUGUCGGUAAAGAGACGUUGACAAUAAAUUUGUUUCUUUCAUUGACAAGACAAGAGUUGUGAUGUGAUUUGACGUUAUCAUCAACAGUUUUUAAUCGUUUUAUCUUAAUUAAUAUAAAAGUAUAAUUGUUGAGUGUUGUUGGAGAGCGAUGCCAAAUUUAAGCCCCGAGGGUCAGUAUAUGUCCAGUAACGGGGCAACAAACAGUGAAAAAGUGUGCAUUCUUGAUGCAGGCGCCCAGUAUGGUAAAGUGAUAGACAGAAAAGUCAGAGAACUCAAUGUUGAGUCUCAUAUACUCCCGCUGGACACUCCGGCUUUCAACAUCAAAGAGGGUGGCUAUAGAGCCAUCAUCAUUUCGGGUGGUCCCAAUUCUGUUUAUGCGCAAGAUGCACCAAGAUACGACGCUGAUAUUUUUAGGAUAGGAUUGCCAGUUUUGGGCAUUUGUUAUGGUAUGCAAAUGAUGAAUAAAGAAUUUGGUGGUACUGUAGUAAGAAAAGAGUCUAGAGAAGAUGGUCAAUAUACUGUCGAAGUAAACACUAAGUGCUUGUUGUUUAAAGGUUUGGACAAAAUGCAAACUGUGCUUUUAACCCAUGGCGACUCCAUCGAUAAAUUAGGUGACAACUUUAGAUCAAUAGCCCAGAGCAGCUCAUUCUGCGCCGGUAUAUUCAACGAGAAACUCCACCUGUACGGUGUCCAGUUUCAUCCAGAGGUCGACCUGACCCCCAACGGUCUCACUAUGCUGCGUAACUUCCUGUACGACAUAGCCAGCCUGACCGGCAACUACACCAUCCAGUGUAGGGAAACGGAGUGCGUCAAGUACAUCAAGGACACGGUGGGCGGCAACAAGGUCCUUCUGCUAGUCAGCGGCGGCGUCGAUAGUACCGUCUGCGCGUCGUUGCUGCACAAGGCGCUCAAGUCCGAGCAGAUCAUAGCCAUACACAUCGACAACGGCUACAUGCGUAAGAACGAGAGCGAGAAGGUCCAGAUGUCCCUCCAGAAGAUCGGCCUCGACUUGAGGGUCAUCCGGGCGGCCUCGACGUUCGCGGAGGGCACGACGGUGGUGCCGCUCGACAGGCAGAACGACAACUAUCGCACCAACGUCACCAAGAUGCUGUGCAUGACCACCGAUCCGGAGGAGAAGCGCAAGAUAAUCGGAGACGUGUUCGUUAAGAUAUCGGGGGAGAUUAUCAGCGAUCUGAACCUUAAACCGGAGGAAGUUGUACUGGGCCAGGGCACCCUCAGACCAGACCUGAUCGAAUCGGCUUCUUGCCUGGUCUCCAGCAAGGCGGAUAAAAUCAAAACUCAUCACAACGACUCCGAACUCAUAAGGAAACUCAGAGAGGAGGGGAGGGUCGUGGAACCGCUGAAGGACUUCCACAAGGAUGAGGUCAGGAUGAUCGGCAGAGAUCUCGGCUUGCCCGCGGAGCUGGUCAUGAGACAUCCUUUCCCCGGUCCAGGGCUGGCGAUUAGAGUUCUAUGCGCCGAAGAACCGUACAUGGAGAAGGAUUUCAGCGAGACGCAGGUCUUGGUUAAGAUCAUCGUCGAGUUCGAUCAGAUGUUGCAGAAGAAGCACGCCCUUCUGAACAGGGUGGAAGGGGUGACUAGCGAAGACGAAAGGCAAAUACUGCGAAAGAUUUCAAGUAAGCAAAAACUUGCUGCUACCCUUCUGCCUAUAAGGAGUGUUGGUGUUCAAGGUGACUGCCGUUCUUACAACUACGUGGUAGGCAUAUCUAGUGAACGAGAACCUGAUUGGAACGACAUGUCCUUCCUGUCCUCUCUGAUACCUAGGAUAUGCAGGAAUAUCAAUAGAGUUUGCUACGUUUUCGGAGGUCUCGUUAAAGAACCUAUUCCGGAUGUUACCCCAACGUUCCUUACAAACAAUGUACUGAGUACACUGAGACAAUGUGAUGAUAUUGCCACAGGGGUGUUGCACAAUAGUGGUCACACCCAGUCAAUAAGUCAGAUGCCUGUGAUUUUGAUCCCUCUUCAUUUCGACAGGGACCAAGCCCUUAGAAUUCCCUCGUGUCAGCGGUCAAUAGUCCUCAGACCUUUCUGUACUCAAGAUUUCAUGACAGGUUUACCUGCAAUGCCGGGAAAACAGUUGCCUUUAGAUGUGGUUCAUAAAAUGGUCACGGAAGUUUUGCAAGUACCUGGCAUAUCGAGGGUACUCUACGAUUUGACGUCCAAACCACCUGGAACUACUGAAUGGGAAUGAAGGGUGCAAAUUACCACAGAUAAUUGUGUAAUUCGUUAGAAAAGAUAAACGGACAGACUUUAAGAGGUUUCCUGUUUUAUAAAUUGUACAUCUCUGUUGUUAUAUUAUACAUUGUGUAACGAUUUUGUUACAAUUCUUCCUUUUCUCUUGGAAUUUAUUGGCACUGUCGUAGCUCAAUUAUUUAUUAUGCAUUUUGAAUUGUAUGGAUCUUUGGAAGAUCGAUCGAAAAUGUUAAAUUUUAACUGGAACUAUCCUUUACCAAAUUUCACAGUCGCGCUAUCAAGCAAUUUUAUAUGUUGAAUUUUUUUCAAUUUGUCAAUAAAAGACAGUUAUAUUACUAA